AUGUGGUUUAUUUGGAAAGAAAGACGUGAUAGAGUUUUUGAAGGCAAAUCUAAAUCAGUUGGUAGUCUUGUAGCAGAAAUUCAAAGACAUUUAGAUUUUUGGGCUAUAAGAAAACACAAAAGUGUGAAAAACAAAGGUUUGCUUAAAAAUAAGAAAAGGAACACAUGGACAUCACCUAAAAUGAAUACACUAAAGAUAAAUGUGGAUGCAACAUGGGUCUCUAAAGAUUUACCUUCCGGUUAUGCAAUAAUUUUAAGGAAUGAUGCAGAUGAUAUCCAAGGAGGAAGAGAAGGGCAAUCCUCAAGUACAGAUCAACAAGAAGCAGAAGCAGUAGGAGUUCUUCAGGCUACAAUUUGGGCUAAGUAUAAAGGGAUAAACAACUUCAGCAUAGAAGGGGACCGUGAAAGCAUCUUCAAUUAUUUACAGGGUCAUUCUCAAAACAUUUCAUGGUGUGCUAAAGCCUAUCUUGAUGAGGCUAAUAGAAUAGCUAAACUUUGUCCAAACUUUUUGGGAUUUAAUUAUGUUCCUAGAUUAAGUAAUCAAGUAGCAGAUGUUCUUUCUAAAUAUGUAAGGUCUUUAAAUUCAGAGGUUGAAUGGGAUAACUCACCUCCAGUAUGUAUAUUAAAUCAACUUUCAGUAGAUAAAUUUAAUGUGAAGAGGUCUCAAACUUCCACAUUAGAUGGCUCUACUUCAUCUGUACUCUUGGCUCCCAGGGAGUCUUAG